UUCAGGGCUGCCCCGUUGGAUUCUGGCUGCUUGUCUCUUCCUUUCCAUCAUGGUGAUGCUCUGGCUGAGUUGCGCCAGUUUGGUGACUGCGCCGGAUCAACAUGUCAAGACUCAGCCACUGAGCAUCAAUGGAGACAAGGAAUACCUUGACGACCUGGAUGGACCUAUGCCUUAUUCCUUACGCCCGGUCAUUGCUGUUGCCCUGUGCCCAGCGGAUGAGAACAAGGAAGCAGGCCUUCUGCCGGUCAAGGUGGAUUUAGACAAGACUGCCCUCUAAGAGCCUGCCCCUGCCCCACCCCUGCCCCCCGCCCUCUUAAUGCCCCAUCAACCUCUCCCCUCCUCUUGAGUUCCUUUGAACAACCACACAACAGUCUUUCCGGGAUUCUUCCCAGCCCCUCCCAUAGCACGUUUUGUCACUGCUCUUUCAUCCAGGAAGGUAUUGAGGAGCCCAGCGCUUUCCUGCAAGGCUGUGCUGGAACCCCCAGGUUUUUUCUUUUCACCAGCAACAACACUUUGGUUGCUGAGGAACAGUGGGAUAGCGAGACCCUUGCUUUCAAAUGCCGCCACUGCUUUUGUGAAUUUCGAAAUGAAUGAGCCAUGGUUGUCCCUAGCAUAAGAUCCUGAAGUUGGCCAAGGGGACCUUGGGGAAUUUCUUCCCUUGACUGAACAAGGCUGGGUGAUUCUCUGUCCCUCUGCCUCACUGCCAACAGGGAGCUGCUGCUUAUCCUGGUCUUCUUUUGUCUUAAAAAAUUGGUAACAAGUGGCACAAUGGCUGCUUUUUAUUUGAGCCCUGUCAGGAAUACUACGGGAUGCUUCCAGACCAGUGUUUCUUGGCAACUUUAAGACCUGUGGACUUCAA